AUGGAUGGGAAGGUCUAUAAUGUCGUGAACAAGGGCGAGGAGUGCCCGGGAGAAGAGCUUACUCUGAAUACAAACACCGAAGAAGAUAAGGAAGCAAGUCUUCAUCUCAAGCCCACGUAUGCGCUGGGAUUUCGUUCAUGCGGCCGCACAGUCGUCGAUUUUGCGAGCGAGGGUAUGAUUAUUUAUCCCGUGGCUCACCAUUUGGUCAUCUACAAUCUAGAAACUCGAGCCAUGGAGUUCUUUCAUCAUAUUCGCCAUGUCAAGAGCAUUCAGAGUUUCCAGUUCUCACCCAACCGCGAGCUCUUGGCCGUAGCAGAAGUAUAUCAACAGAGUAUGGGACAGCUUGCGGCAUUUGGAGCCGCCAGCACUACUACCGCGACUCCGUUAUCGGUAUCCUCGUUUGCAACUUCACCUUUGAAAGGAUCGAAUGUGGCAUUACAGACCCUACUUCGAGAUCAAGAAACCCACGCUCUUGCAAUCUACAAGCUGGGUACUAAGGCUCGAGUGAGAAGUAUACCUCUACCAACCAACUCCAACGUAGUAUCGUGUAGUUUCUCGGCCGACAAUAAAUUUCUCGCGGUUCUUGAAGAUUCCCCAGCGCAUACUGUAACAUACUGGAAAGUGAGCAAUUCCAAACUUUUGGCUUCGUGCAAAUGUCCAAGUCGUGGCUCGCGAAUUCACAUCAGCCCAACCAAUGCGAAUUUCAUCUCAGUCUCGGGGCCUGCAACUCUCAAGUAUUGGGUCUGGACCAACAAUGAUUUCAAGAUCUCGAAUUUCUUGCCGCAACUCAAAGAUCAAGAGCAUUUCGUAGACCACACCUGGCUGAAAGAGCAUAUGAUCGCUCUUUCUGAACGUGGACUCCUCCUUUGCUUCCGUAUCGCGCUCGACGGAUGCAACGCUGAUCUCGUUCAUUCGUCUCGGUGUCACCAGCCAUCUCAUGUACGCAUGGAAUGCGUCACCGCUCACGGCAAGGGGUUUGUACUUGGUGGAUCGGCCGGUUUCUUCAGUAUCUUCGAGGCAUCGGAUGACCCGAAAGACCCUUUUCCACUUGUGCGUUCUGUGUCGGUCGGUGACAUCGCAUUUGACUGCAUUGCUGUUUCGCCAAACUCCGAAACAAUCGUAGCAUGCUCAAAAAGUCGGGAAUUGGUCACCUUCUCAAUGAGUGCGAUCGACACCGAGCAGGAGGACAGAAUUGAAUUUCGGGAGUUGAUUCGUCAUGGCCACCAAAUUGGUCCUGUUCUACAGGUAGAUGUAUGCGUGCAGAGGCCAAUUGUGGUUACUUGUGGCACAGAUAAGACCGUGCGAGUGUGGAAUUUCGAGUUGAAUCACUAUGACCUCCUAAGCCAUUGUCCCGAAGAACCAACCACGAUUGCAGUGCACCCAUCAGGAUUCCAGCUCGUUGUCGCCUUCAAGGAGCGUGUUCGUAUAUUUCAGCUUCUUCAAGAAAAUCUGAGGCAAGUUAAAGAACUAGCUACCAAAGCCUGCCGCUUCGUUCGAUACGCACACGGUGGUCAUUUGUUUGCAUGUGCCUCUGGUCUUACAGUCACUACCUUCCGAACUUACACAUUCGAAGCGGUCCACACAUUUUCGGGUCAUAUUGGCGCUGUACGCUGCUUAAGUUGGAGUCGCGACGACAUCUAUCUCUUUUCGGCAGCACACGAUGGCGCUAUCUACCGUUGGGAUAUUAGCACAGGAUUGCGAAGUGAAGAGAUGCAGCACGUGGUAAAGCACUGUCAAUAUGCAGCAUUUGUCGUGGAUCGAAAUGAUCCUAGCAUUGUUGUGGCAUCUGGCAGUGAUGGUAAAAUCCGUGAAAUCAUAGCCGGUGAAGAAACAAAAAGUUUUGAUCUUUCUGCUGGUACAGUUAUUACGUCUAUGGCUUUGAUGAAGGAUUGCAAACGCCUAUUUGUCGGUACGAAAGCAGGAAGUUUACUAAUAUACCCGUGGCCACUAAGCAACAAAGGUGUCGCUGAGUAUUUCGCGCAUGCAGAGGGGAUCUUACACCUGCGCGUGACAGAAGACAACGAGCAGCUUAUCACAUGCGCAGAGGAUGGCAGUGUUGGUAUCUUUAAAAUUCUCAAUGGUGGUUUACAACGUCAAGAUCACGAAGAAACUUCUGCAGUAACCUCUCGAACGGGUAUAACUACGGCGAGGCCCAUGUCUUCAUCAGCUACAACUGAGCGCAGGAAAACAGGUGAGGCCUACACUGACGCUGUACUGGUAGCUCGUGACGAUCUAGAAGAACGGCGUGCUGAGGUGUUAGAAUGGCAGCAACGACAUGACCAAGUGAAAGCUGACGUCGAAUUUGCGCUGCAUCGGAAAGAAAACGAGUGGAUAAAUCGACUACAUGUGCUUAAAGAGGAGUCCGAACAUCUUGUGGUUCAGGAACGAGUGCGCUAUGAAGAACUUGAAGCGCGUCAUCAGCUUGCUACGCGAAAACAUACUGAAGAACUGACACAACUUGAAGCGCAUCAUGUCAAGAUGACUCAAGAGCUUGAAAAUCAGUACGAACGGAAGCUCGCACAAGAGGUGGCUCGAUACGACGCGCUCUCCGAGACGUUAGAGCAGACACGACAACGGUGUGAAGCUCUCAUGGAGGCUCAAGACAGUCAAAACCGAGGUACUCUGCAUGCAGAGCGGAAGGCAGCGUACACACGAGCCAAGGAGCAGAAUGAGGUCAUCAAACGCUUGCAUGAAGAUCUGAAAUACAAUCACGUCAAGUUUGAGGAAGUGUUGCAUCAGGAAGAGACUGAUUAUGAGCAGGAGAUGCAAAAGAUGCGCGUCGAAUUUGCCGCCCAGUUGGAAAAUGAACGUCAGAACACGGCAGUGAAGCAGGGUCAAGUGAGUGCUGCGAAUACAAAGCUGGAGUCACUCAGAAAGAAGAUGCAGGAGCUGAAGGCGUCGUCACAUGCUCGUGAUGUGCUUCUGUCGACCGAGAGAGCCAAGUUGGCUCGUCUUGAAGCGACAUUGGCAAACUAUGAACGACAUUUCGAGGUUUGCCGCAAUUCGAGUCAUGACAAGGAGAAAGCUAUCACCGGGUUGAAAUCGGAGAAUCGUGUACUCGAGAACUUCCGCUCCGUGCUUUCCCAUCGUAUUGACGGACUUGAAACCGAGCAAGUACCGAUGCAACAACACUUGCACUCUUUGGAAUCGAAGAUCAGCGAGAUGCAGAACGAGCUGGCUGAUGAAUAUCGAGCCAAAGCAGAAGCACAACAGGAAAUGGAGACCAAAGACGCAAAAAUCCGCACCUUGUUGCACGAGGUCAAAACACUGCGUCAAAACUCACUGAAGAAGGAGUAUUCCGUCGGGGAAAUGACUCGUGAGUUCACACGUCUCGCUCAACUUACGAACUAUAAAGACUUGGAGAGUGCCGUGAAAGACGCUUACAAGAUUUACGUUAUGGGAGAAACCUUGCACAAGAAACCUCCUCGAGCAACACUCUCCACUUACAGUGCUGCAACAAGCACCGCCGUGCCGUCUUCUCCAGGUGGGGGCGGGUUUUAUUCACCAGCCAAAACAUCCACAACCAUGAACGCCAAAACGCCUCAGAAGCAACAACAAUCACCUGCUGCUCCCCCAUUCGGUGUCAUGUCUGUUGUGUCCGAUGAAGCUCUAGGCUACGACUGCAAACAGUCGGUGGAUGAGUCUGCCAAGCAAAUGGAGUAUAUGAGUCGUACCAUCCAGACUCUGCGAACAGCGCUGGAUCACGCAAAAGCGCAAACCGACCGCGCCAGACGCGACUCUGUUGCUGAAGGGAGCAUACUCAUUGAAGAGUGCAACAGACUGCGAAAGGAGAAUAAGCAAUUACAAGUCCAGAUCCGUGAUCUGAAACGUGCUAUGUACGCUGCGAAUGGAAGUUAUAACAACAACGAUGGCGAACGUUUGUCCGGACAGCUCAGUCGGUCAAGCCCGCAGUUGCGUCCUGCUUCACCGUCACAGGCACCACAUCUCGAUCUCACUCUUGAUGUCACUGUAGGAAGUGGACCUGUGAGUCUAGCACCCUUACAAACAGGACGAGCUACGCCAUCCAAGCAGCAGAGACGACAGCGGACACCUAUCAGCAGUCCCUCUCCAAAAUCCAACAACUCGACAUUUCUCCCGUUUGGCCGCGUGGAGCGAGGCCGUCACAAUGCAGUUCGUGCCGACGAACUGGCAUCUGUGGUGGAGAAGCAGAAGCGUGACAUCCAGCGCUUACAGACGCAGGUUCAGUUGCUACUUUCAGGCGCUGCUGAUGCACCUUUGGUCCACCAUUACAACGGAGUAGCACGCAUAAUCCCAUUGUCGCCUUCUUCGUCGCUGACCGCGUUGGAUUCGUCCAAAGGAGCCAUGACUGUGUCCCGUAUUGGAUCAUUGCGGCCGUUGACACCGGCUACUCCUGCACCACUGCAAUCAUCUUUCAUGCUCGUUCCGCCAGACUUCGAUACCAGCACUCCACCGAUGAAACCCACCGAGGUCGAGCAGAACCAGCAAGAAACCCACGGGAUUUGAAGCCCGCAGCGCAACGGUAUCUUGUACUUACUUCGGUAAGAAUGAGAAGAUGUGAGGCUUCGGUGAUCGACGCGAUCCCACACAGUUUUGACAAACAAAAACAACUGAUCUAAAAACGGUCGCAUCAAAAAAUACUCCACAACUUCAGUUAGCAGCAGCAAUCUGAUGUAUCGACAAUCCACCAG